GUCAAAAUAUUGCUGUUGUUAUUAUUAGUAUUUUAUUAAUAUCCUAAUAUUAGUCACAGUGCGUCGUAAUUACGUUACAGCGUCCCCCUCGUAGCCGUCCCGAGCCGCCAUGGCCACUACGCACGCUUUCUGCGCACACGCCACCGUGCUGUCCUUUGUUCCUCAUUCAUAAAGCGGCUUCACGAGCACGGGGAUGUGUCACCGUGAACCCCUCGCACGGAAAGGACCGCUGGCCCUUUAAGGGUUAUGUAGCAGGGCUAGCUGAUGUAGGACGAGCCGACCGUGCGUUUCUCUGCUCGAGCUCCCGCUGCCAUCCUCGUCAUGGCCUCCGUACACCCGCCACCGACACCACCACCGAGGAUGAACCGACCAGCCAUCGACCCUUCCCUUCCCGGAGCGGAGACGGACGUCAAGCCGAAGCAGAGGCACCGGUAGAGGCGAGCCGCGCCGGGGAGAGCCGCCUCACAUCCAAAUGCCACCCCGGUUUCCUCAUCCAUGCCUUCGUUUAAAGCCAAGUACAGCUAUACGAUAAAGAGGGGUGCGAACCCGGGCGGCGGCGGCGGAAACAUGACAACGGACAAGGAUUAUUCUCUUAAUCUGUCGGUGCAGCAAGUGCUGAGCCUUUGGGUGCAAGGCUCGGCGCUGCACCACUUCACAGAGAUGUGGUACUGGGUCUUCCUGUGGUGUCUCUUCUCCUCGCUCUUCGUCCACGGGGCGGUGGGGCUGCUCAUGUUAGUCAUGCUGCAGCGCCACAAGCGGGGACGCCUCAUCACCCUGGUGCUGGUCAGCGUGGGUUUCCUGGCCUCGCUCUCCGGAGGCGUCAUCACUAGCGCGGCCGUGGCGGGCGUUUACCGCGUGGCGGGGAAAGGCAUGGCACCGCUGGAGGCGCUGGUGCUCGGCGUGGGCCAGACCACCCUCUCCGUCGUCAUAUCCUUCUCGCGGAUCCUGGCCACGCUGUGAAGAAAACCCAUGACGGGGUGAAAGCGGGCAAACCGAGCCGGGCAGAGACUUUAGGCCUGCUUUUAUGGAAGGACAUGAGGCACAAGUCCUCUGGACCUUUUGAGGGCCGGAUCCAGGGUAGAGCGCCCCCCCCAGCGUCUCUGCACUGUGCAGGAAGGUCGUCAUCGUGUCAGAGAGCAGCGCCGGGCAGAGGCUCGGCCUCAGCUUCUGGACCUGAAAGCCAUGUUUCUGAGUUUCCAGAGUUAUGCCACUUCUUCGUGCCAAAAGCCUUCUCUGUGAAAACAGCAAGCCUCGGUGGCCGACUGACUCUCAAAGGCUUUCUGUUGAACUUUUGAGGGAGGAGGGAAAAAAAUCUAUUUUUUAAACAGCGACCUGUAAUCGUGAGCUGAUGAUCUUUGGCGAUCGGAACAAAAGUUCGGCAAACAAACAAAAGAACAGCAGUGUCCAUCAGCAGUAAAACACCUUCAUCAGUAUUGAACCGCCGCCGCGCCUCUAGGCCUGCAUACAGCUUCUCGCUCCUUCUCCUGAGAUGGCUCGAAAGCCGCAGCAUCCGACUCACGAGCAGGAAGAAGCUUUGAAUUUUUGCACUUUGUAAAUGUUGGCGAAGUGGCAGAGGAAAACCAGCAUGUGAUGAUCGAUUUUAAAGCGUGCCAACAACAACUCUGAGCGGAGUCAGAGGAGUAGUUUGGGGAGUGUGUUUAUUGGCUUUCUUCCACAGACAGAGAGAGAGGAUGAGAUCAAUGUCACUCUGAUGUCUUUACUGUAAACAAAGGUGGAGCCGGGAGACAGUAAAGUUAUCUACCUGCAUCUGA